AUGUAUCCCGGUGUCCUGAGGAAUAGUACAAUAGAAAAGGAUUUGAGCUUUUCUAUAAAUAGAGGGAGAGAUCAGGGUAUUAGCUUGAAAGCCCAAUACAAGAGUACAAGACCGGGCCCAAAUCAGCUAAAGUUGGGGUCUAAACCUGACUCCAUCUCUGCCGGCCGGACCGAAGACUUCAAGAACCUUCGAGCAAGACGUAGUAGAGUUUUAGGGCACAACCUUGUUAUGGAUCCAUCUCGAGAUUGGUCACAGUUGCCUAAGAACCUGUUGAAUUCAGUUUUAGGGAGGCUAGAGUUAUUGGGAGAUUAUUUGCGGUUUAGUAUUGUCUGUAAACCAUGGUAUUGGGUAGCAAAGGAUAAUAAAAACAUAUUUGCUACAAGGCAAAGUUGUCAUCCUCCUCCAAUGCUCUUGAUUAAUACCGACAAUGAAGAUACAUGGAAGGUAUACAACGUCAUGGAUAAUAAGCUUCUUGAUAUGGAAGUAAGAUUGCCAAAUACUCGGUUUUGUGGGUCUUCAAAAGGAUGGCUGAUAUAUGUGGAGAAGAAUAAUUAUGCCAUUACCCUUGUAAAUCCAUUCUUUAGGGUUAGAGGGAGGAGAGAGAAACAAAAUUCACUUAUCCACCUUCCUCCAUUGUUGCCCCCUAUAAACGAUUUUUAUCGUCAACACUUUGAUUAUUUGGUUCACAAGGUUGUAAUUUCAGCAGACCCAUUACUGAAUGCAAAUGAGUGCAUUGUUGUGGUCAUAACUGAGCCUUUUUCCCAACUGGCUUUUAUUCGACUCGGGAAAGACUCAACCUGGACUUUUGUUGACUGGCGUCACCGUGCUCGUGGGUUUUGUGAAGUUGUUUUUCUUGAAGGCAAGUUAUAUGGUGUUCAAUGUGAUAACAGGGUUUUAUCUUGUGAGAUCAACUCUCGUUUUCAUUCCGGCCUAAAAAUAGUUGCACGGAGCUUUCUUAUAAAUUGGACCAAGAAUUAUCUGGUGUAUUUAAAUGAGAAAGGAUUGUUGUUAGUUCACAGGCUGAUUGUUAAGGAUGAGGAUGGGAGACCGCGUACUGUGAAAUUUGUAAUUUAUAAACUGAAUUUCAAUAAGCGCAAGUGGAUUGAGAUAAAUACUUUAGGUGAUGUUGCUCUCUUUGUGGGUGAUAACUCUUCAUUUUCUGUGACGGCGUCAAGUUUCCGAGGAUGUCUACCAAAUUCCGUAUACUUUAGCCAUGAUAGUAACAGUCAAGAAGAAGUCUUGGGAGCUGAUGGUCCUCAUGAUUUUGGUGUGUAUGAUUUUGAAAAUAAACGGUUUUUAACCAUCGACGCCGUACAUGUUUCAACUCUAGCCAAGUUGAGCAAGCAACCACCGAUUUGGAUCGUGCCAACAUUUCAGCUGUAA